UCAUUGAUGAAUUUGUCAGUGAGGCUGGCAACUCUACAAUCAGUUCAUUCUACUGGCUUGAUAAUGAAUUGAUACACAUUUGCAAAACUAUUAUUUUACAUGAAUCAGAGGAGAUCAAGAUUAUUCAUUCCUAUGGAAUGGGCCGGGGAACAGAUCCUAAAAAUAUGAAGCUGUAUAUUCAUGAAACUGGAUUAUUUGGGUCUGGAUAUGAGGUCAAAUUCCAGACGGAAUGGUAUGAAGGAAACACAGUUGUUCUUUUAGACCUAGAACAGAUUAUAAAUAUACCUGAUCCAAGUGUGUGCAAUCAAGUAUAUCUGUUUGACAAAUGCAAGCAGAGAUAUAUUUCAGAAGAGUUUAAAGCAGGGGAAGGUUGCUCUCUAAAGCUACCAAGAAGUGCUGUUGACCAAGAAAUAAAGAUCUGUGAUGCCAGUGACAACAAUGUGACAAAUGGUUUUAAAACUGUAUCCAAGCAGUUUAAGAGGAACACCAACUCAUGUCUCCUUCCUUGCAGUCUGAGCUUGAUUGGCUUUAAAUUAUUUUCAUAUGAAGAUGCAGUAAGUAACAUUUAAUUUAAAAUUCUAACAAGUGAACACAGUGGGCACCAGGUAAUAUAUACCAGCAAAUAUACUUGGAAGUACAACAGAUUUCCAAAAUUUAUCACCAGUAUUGAAUAUUUUUUCUUGAUACUAAAAGUUGAAAUGUCACCAGU